UGCACGCUUUGGAAAGCAUUUAAAGCAGUUCGCAAAUCUGCAGAUUAAAUGCUCUAAACGCUUUUUGUCGACAUAGUAGUGGAGAAACAAUUAGAAUAUAAGCCUACUAAAAAUAACUACCCGAAAUUCUCAAAAUGCUCCAGAGUGUUUUUAAGCAAACAGCAACGUUGAACUUAUUCUUCGUGUGCACCUUUCUCCUUCUAUAUCCUACAAAUCAACGCCCUCUUACUGUAUCAGCUGCUGUCGUUGCUGCUUCUAUUGCCACUGCCAACAACUCUUCGUAUUAUACCGCCGGCGUAGUGGAGUUCCGUCCUGCCAGAAAUGCCGUCAACUCAUUGGAAGACAAUCUUGCUGGUUAUGUGGAGAUAAUCAGCUCGUCAGCCGCUGAUCCCACUGAUAUCAUCGUGUUUCCGGAGAGCACUUUGAAUAGCGCAACCACGUCAACAUUUGUACCCGAUCCUGAUAGUGCAGUCGACACAAUCCCAUGCCUACUGGGCAAUACUAGCGUUUAUUCAGAUUUUCUGGUACAACUCUCUUGCAGUGCACGUCAGGCGCGCAAAUAUGUGGUUGUCAAUUUGACAGAGCGCGAAAAUUGCACCACUUCACAGCAGGAUCCGCGUCCGUGUGCUAGCAGCGGUUUGAAUACUUUCAAUACAAAUGUGGUGUUCGAUCGUGAGGGGCGUGUGAUUUCGCGCUAUCGUAAAUGGAAUUUGUAUGGUGAGCCGAAAAAUACAACGUACAACUUAGAGUUGGGCAUUUUCGAGACGGAUUUCGGUGUACGCUUUGGACAUUUUAUUUGCUUCGAUAUACUGUUUUAUAAACCGACGCAGUCGUUAGUUGAUUUGGGCAUAAGGGAUUUCAUCUAUCCUACAAUGUGGUUUUCGCAGUUGCCCUUCUUGACGGGCGUCCAAUUCCAACAGUCGUGGUCCUACAUAAAUGACGUGAACUUUCUUGCCGCCGGCGCUAGUCUACCAGCCAUUGGUAGCACAGGUUCGGGCAUUUAUGCUGGUCGCAAAGGUCCAUUGGUCUCCGUAAUGAAUACCGGUGACGGCGAGCGUCAUCUGUAUGUGGCGCAAGUGCCUAAACUAAGUGAAAAUCCGCAAAGGGCGCAGGCCAUAAAUGAACAACGGACAAUAACACCAGCACCACGGCUAACGCAUUUAAAUCAGUCUGAUAUUUUGUUGAAACGCGAUUACUUGGAUCAGUACGAGAGUGUGUUAGUCGAUCUGACGAAUGCGACUGGACGUUUGGUGACCGACGUCUGUUACAAGGAGUUCUGUUGCCACUUUGAGCUGCAGUGGCAACAAUUGAGCAGCACAGUUGGCCAAUACUAUAACUACCGUUUGGGUGCCUAUGAGGGCAUGCGCGAUGAACCGGGCGCGGAAGGUACGAAUGCGUUACGCAAUUGCGCCAUUUUCACAUGCACCGGUACAAAUAUAGCAGACUGCGGUAAACUUUUUGAGGCUAAUGUGACGCAACAGCCGCAGGUCGCUUUCGAACGCAUAGUAAUCGAGGGUGACUUCGAGAUGGGCUAUCCAGCGCUGUUGAUGCCAAAUAGUUUACGCGAUGAUCUACUGCCAUUGGAUAUGGAUGAAUUUGAGUGGGGGGAAUCGGACAACGCUGAUGGCUCGCGUCAUGUACGUUACACUUUGAAUACCACAACGUCUAAUCUCUUGGCUUUCGCGAUCUAUGGUAACUUUUAUGAUGGGACAGGUUUUAUCGAACAGUCAACCUCCAGCAGCCAAGCGACAACGGUGGACCCGACAACGACCACUGAUCCAAAUGCAGGCGGAGGUGUUGGUGCUUUGCUACAGUCAAAUCUAUUGAUGUGGCUUGUAGUUGGCUUACUCAGUGUAGUUUUUAAGUAGAAUAAUU